GCGUGAAGUGCUUCUCAGAUAAAACCCUUUGUUUGAUUACUGCAUUCGUCUCUCUCUCUUUCUCUCUUUCUCUCUUUCAACUCACCCUAGUGAGAGAAACAAAGAAACAAACAUAGGCACAGUUGAAAAUGGCUCUGCACAUCUUCUCUUACCAACCAUGAAGAACUUCUUUCUUUGAAGAGAAUGGCUCUCGGUGACGAUGCACAGCACCACUCUCCCUCCAUCCUCGAUGCGCUUCUCUGCGAAGAGCGUGUCACCUUCGACGAAGAUUUCGAUGCUAACGGCGCUGAGUGUGAGAUCAACGACGAUGACCCAUCUGGGAGAAAGUUGCAAUCUUUUCCUUUGGCUUUGCUUCAAAAUGAUCUGUUCUGGGAAGAUGAAGAGCUUGUGUCUUUAAUCUCGAAAGAGGGAGAGACCCAUUCGUGUUCUCUUAGUGCCAUUGCCGAUGGGCCCUUAGAAGGCUCUCGUGUGGAGGCUGUGAACUGGAUUUCAAAAGUCUGUGGACAUUAUGGGUUUUCUGCUUUGACCACAGUUCUUGCUGUUAACUACUUUGAUCGGUUCAUCCCAUGUCUGAGGUUUCACAGGGACAAGCCGUGGAUGACACAGCUCACUGCCGUUGCUUGUUUGUCCCUUGCUGCAAAAACCGAAGAGACCCAUGUGCCGCUUCUUUUGGACCUUCAAGUGGAGGAAUCGAGGUUUGUGUUUGAGGCGAAGACCAUUCAGAGAAUGGAGCUGCUAGUGCUGUCUACUCUUAAAUGGAGGAUGCAUCCGGUGACUCCAAUUUCUUUCUUUGAACACAUUGUCAGAAGGCUUGGUUUGAAGAGUCGCUUGCAUUGGGAGUUUCUAUGGCGUUGUGAGCGGGUUCUUCUCAAUGUCACUGCGGAUUCAAGGGCUAUGAGUUAUCUUCCUUCUACAUUGGCUGCUGCUACCAUGAUCCAUGUUAUUAAAGAGAUUGAAUCAUUUAACGCUACAAAGUACAUUGAUCAGCUUCUUGGUUUACUAAAGAUUAGCGAGGAACAAGUGAACCAGUGCUACAAGCUCAUGCAGAAAAUAUUAGGUCGCUAUGAAGGCAUUUACAGCCUUCACCAGAAACGCAAGCGUCUAACUGAACCAAGUAGCCCAGGUGGUAUCCUUGAUUCAACUUUCAGCUGUGAUAGCUCAAAUGAUUCGUGGGCAUUGUCAUCAUCAGUCUCACUCUCACUGGAGCCGCUGUUUAAGAGGAGAAGACCUCAGGACCAGCAAAUGCGACUGCCUUCUGUUAGUCGCGUGUCAAUUGAUGUUCUUAAUAGCCCUCGUUAAUGAUCUCAGUAUUUACUUCCAAUGUGGUAGCUUUCUUUCACAUAAAUCUGGCAGUCAUGUUGUCCAAAUGCAACUAAAUUAUGUUCUUAGUUAUAGACAUUUCUAGCCAAAAUUUGAAAAAUUAAUGAGGCAGAGACUGAGAUUUCCUCCACUUUAUUGUUUGAGGUGGAUAAGAUAUCUGAUACCGAGUAGAAAUACAAGUUAUAAACUUGUAGUCCUACCUGUGAGUUAUAUUUUCAUUGCCGUUUUUAA